UUGGCUGGCAAAGCUGUCCGUCAUUACUCAGCGUCGAAAGCAUGUUCGUACUGAAUGGGCUUUAGUGUUUUGACAAGUUUCCUUUCAACCGUCAUGUGAGCAGCUCGGUUGAACGAAAAAAAACACUAUUAAUGGUCAGCUUUUGAUAUAUUCCAGCAACUGGAAUAUAUAUUUAUUUGAAGGGGUUUUACACUGGAAGCCACGUUUUUAAAGAUGAACACCUUGUCGUUUGACGAUUCUUCGUUGGAUAAUCUGCAUCCAACCCUGUCGAUACACGACCCCGGUGAUAUCGACACGGCCCUCCUAAGCGACAUCGAUGACAUGCUGCAGCUCCUUCACAACCAAGAAGGGGAAUUUGGACUCUUUGAUAACCCUCCGUACGCCGGACCCAGCACCAAUCUAAACCUUUCCUGCCUCCCUCAGUCCAGCCCCCUCCCCGCCGCCACGACUGCACCUUUAUCCUCUUCAUCCUCCUCCAUUUUAAGCAGCAGCCCUCAUUUAGAUGCGCUCCUGGGCCCUCCCAUCACCCGCAGCUCGUCUACCCCGGACAAAACCUUUCAGCCCGUUACCUUUCGGCAGUCCCCCCUGUCUCCGGUGUCGAGCUCCAUACCACGGCAGCAGCAGCAGGCCUCCCCGCCGCAAGCUCAGAGUCUCAGACAGCCUAAGGCGGAACCGUCCCAACCCAUUCCGGGUCAUUCUUCUCCUCUGCAGGCAGCGUCGCCUCAUGGAUCGCCGCCAACAAACCCUGCCUUCAGCGCCACAAGCGCCCAACUUUUUACGACUCCGGUACUCCGGCUGCAGCCUCCGAACCUGCCACAGACACAACUUCAGACCCAGACUCUGAACAAAGUCCAGAACAACUACAUUGCCUCCAACCCAGGCAAAGUAAGCCAGCCCCUUGCCGCCUUGCCCCCCUCGCCUCCACAAGUACCGUCGGUGACCAUUCAGCCGCCGCUGCAAGGCUUGCCCACCACCUCUACCUUGUUGACCACGUCGGGAAGCCCACCGACCCAGACCCUCACGCCUCAAAUGCAGCAAGUACCUGUGAUACUGCAACCCCAGUUUAUCAAAGCUGAGUCUCUGCUGUUCACAACACUGAAGCAUGACCCCUGCAUCGUCACUACCAUGGCCUCCCCUGCCCCCCUGGUCUCUACCACCACAGCUCAGAGUGCGCCGCUGCAGGCUUUUGUGAGCGGGGGCACCUUCCUGACUACUCUGCCCGUCAUGGUGGAUCCUGAGAAACUACCCAUCAACCGUAUCAUUACCAACGACAAGAACGCCACCCUCCCACCCAAGGGGGAAAAGCGCACCGCGCACAACGCCAUCGAGAAGCGAUACCGCUCGUCCAUCAACGACAAAAUUACCGAACUCAAAGACUUGGUGGCGGGCAAAGAGGCUAAGCUCAAUAAGUCAGCAGUGCUGAGGAAAGCCAUCGACUACAUUCGCUACAUUCAGCAAUCCAACCAGAAGCUGAAACAGGAGAACAUGGCACUGAAAAUGGCAGCCCAGAAAAACAAGUCUCUCAAGGACCUGGUUGCCAUGGAGGUGGAUGGACCAGCUGAUGUGAAGGCGGAGCUACCGACCCCGCCGGCCUCUGAUGUGGGAUCCCCCACUUCCUUCUCACAUUGUGGAAGUGACUCCGAACCCGACAGUCCAAUGGCGGAGGACACUAAGCCGAACGCGGGUGUGUUGGAGCGGUCGUCGACAGGUGGUGGCGCCGGUGGAAUGCUGGACCGCUCCCGCAUGGCGCUGUGUGCCUUCACCUUCCUCUUCCUGUCUCUCAAUCCCUUGGCGAACCUGCUCUGCUCGUCCGGCAGCAGCUCGGCCGGUAGUGCAGCCAGCACACCUCAUCAUGCAGGCAGGAGUGUUCUGGGCUUGGACAUUGCAGCUGACUCGUGGGGCUGGAUGGAUUGGAUGGUGCCAACGAUACUGGUGUGGCUUUUGAACGGCAUUUUGGUGUCGGCCGUUCUGAUCCGACUGCUGGUGUACGGAGAGCCCGUGACCAGACCCCAUUCUGGGUCUUCCGUCUUGUUCUGGAGGCACCGCAAGCAGGCAGACCUGGACCUGGCGAGGGGGGAUUUUGCCCAAGCCAGUCAGAACCUUUGGACUUGCCUGAAAGCUCUCGGUCGUCCCUUACCUACGUCCCAGAUGGAUUUGGCUUGCGCCGCGCUGUGGUCCCUCCUCCGCUUCUGCCUCCAGCGCCUCUGGGUGGGCCGCUGGCUGGCGACCAGGGCUGGGGGGCUACGACCCGACCGUCCCCUGCAGGAGGACGCUUGCAAGAGCAGCAGGGAUGCUGCCCUAGUUUACCACCGUCUUCACCAGCUGCACAUGACGGGUAAGCUGAACGGUAGCCACCUGUCAGCCGUGCACAUGGCUCUGAGCGCAGUCAACCUGGCAGAGUGCGCCGGGUCCUGUCUGCCUGUCGCCUCGCUGGCUGAGGUGUACGUCUCCGCAGCGCUCCGAGUCAAAGCCAGCCUGCCAAGGAUCCUGCACUUCACCUCCCGGGUUUUCCUGAGUAGUGCACGCCAGGCGUGUCUGUCAACUAGCGGCAGCGUGCCUCCGGCCAUGCAGUGGCUCUGUCAACCUCUUGGCCACCGCUUCUUCGUGGAUGGAGAUUGGGCCAUCCGCAGCGUCCCUAAAGAGAGCAUUUACAGCCAGGCAGGCAACACAGUGGACCCUCUGGCUCAGGUGACGCAGGCUUUCAGAGAACACCUGCUGGAGAAGGCUCUUUACCGGGUGGCCCAGCCCAAAGGGGAGAAAAGCCCAAGCCAGAGCGAGGGGGAGUACGCUGAUGCUCUGGAGUAUCUGCAGCUGCUGAUUAGUGCCUCUGAUGCAGCUGGUGCCACAUCCCAAUCUUUUGCUAUUGGCUCCAACAUGGCCACUGUGACCGGCUGUGACCCCCACUCCAAGUGGUGGUCCUCCGUCACCGUGGUGAUCAUCAACUGGCUCCAAGGCGACGACACGGCGGCGGAGAGGUUGUACCCGACCGUGGAGCACCUCCCUCGCACCUUGCAGAACGUGGAGAGCCUCCUGCCCAAGGCCUGCCUCAACACGUUCCGAGCCGUGCGGGCUCUGUUGUCCAAGCCGGAGAACUGCCAGUUGAGUCUGAGUCACAGCGACAAGGCCAGCGCUCUACUCCGAGACAGUCUCAACCUGGGCCCGCACUCUCACAGCUGCAGUUUAGACAAGGUGGUCCAAUUACUGCUAUGCGACCUGCUGUUGGUGAUGAGGACCAACGUGUGGCGUCUUCAGCAGCAGGGGCCCAACGCCAGCGGACUGGGCUCGGCGGGCCCUGGCACAGGCCCCAAUGGGGUCCACCAGGCCUCGCCGCCUGAGCUCCAAGGCUUUCAGCAAGAUCUCAGCUCGCUACGAAAGUUGGCUCAGAGCUUCAGGCCGGCCAUGCGAAGGUUGUUCCUCCACGAAGCCACAGCCAGGCUGAUGGCGGGUGCCAGCCCCACACGCACGCAUCAGCUCCUGGACCGCUCGCUGCGGCGCCGGGCGACACCCGGAGCCAAGACAGUCUGUGGUGUCCUCAGGUGGUCAGGGAGAGCGUUCCACAGACUGGGAGCGGUGGAGCAGAAAGCCCAGUCUCCCAUUGUUUGUAGCCUUGUCCUCGAAUGUUGGACGAGGUUAGCCUGUCCGGAGCCGACGUGCCAUGUGGAGGAUUUGGGGGUGAUGUUCAUGCACGGUUCAUUUUGUGCACCAGCGUGGGAUUCGGGGAACGCGCACAUGAAGCUGGUGGUGUUCGAUACCUCCAACAAGGUUAACAACCACUGGUCUAGGAGAAAAGGUCUUGUCUUGACCCGAGCGGAGAGGAAGCAGGACCUGACGCAAGCUCCAGGCAUCGUUUCUUUACCGACACCAUGCUUGACGAUGUCAUCAGUGUUUGAACCUGACAGAAGACCGUACAAAGAGUACAGCUCAGACGUUUCUCCUCAUUGAGCUAAAUUGAAUCCUCUAGCUGUUUAAUUCAUUGCUUCUUGUCUUGUUUCAUAGAUGUCACCGGGGUUUGAACCUGACAGAAGACUGUACAAAGAGUACAGCCCAGACGUUUCUCCUCAUUGAGCUAAAUUGAAUCCUCUCUCUGUUUAAUUCCUUACUUCUUGUCUUGUUUAAUAGAUGCUAUCAGUGUUUGAACCUGACAGAAGACCGUACAAAGAGUACAGCCCAGACGUUUCUCCUCAUUGAGCUAAAUUGAAUCUUCUCUCUGUUUAAUUCCUUGCUUCUUGUCUUGUUUAAUAGAUGUCAUCGGGGUUUGAAUUGACCCCAAACACACGUCAAAAGUGGUAAAGGAAUGGCUAAAUCAGGCCAGAAUGAAGUUUUUUAGAAUGGCCUUCCUAGAGUUCUGACUUAGAAACUCAAAUUAUGUUCUUUACAAGUGUAUAUAAACGUUUGAAAAUCGUUUACAUUUUAAACGAUUUUCUGUAAAUCUAAAUAGGGUCGUGUUGAAGUGUCGUGAAAAGGCAACAAAUCACCCCAAAAAUAAAUAAAGAGCAGUCGUUUACCAUAGCAGCAUUGAAAGGUGCUGGUAUAUUUCUUUUUUUUUUUUUCUCCAACAUUGGCGGUACAAAAAAAACAUGUCAAACAAAGCGACGCUGCGUCAUCCAGUCCAAACAUGGAAAUCGAACCGAGAAAAAUGGCAUGCUCCUAAAUCAAAAACAGGUGACAUUUUCUCCCAAAAGAGGGAUCUCCAUCGGUGGAUUCUUUUUCUUUUUUUUUCUUUUUCUUUUAAAUAUUUUAUAAGCAAUGACAUAUUUCCAUUUUAUAGAAAAUAAACAUCUCUAAGAAAUACUAUACACAAUUAUUAUUGGUACAUCACAUCUUACAUUUAAACAAUGUGGUCAAAUACUUAUAUACACCAUGGAAUAAAGAACGGGGCGUGCCUUUUCCCUUUUUACGCUGAUGAAUAUGUCACCUGGACCGUAAAGUGAGUGUACACCUUGUGAGGGGGGGGGGGGGGGGGGGUUACAUUUGAGAUACACAAACAUUUGUGGGAUGAUUCUUUCACCUGCACAGUCAGUUUAUACCAUGGCCCGUUUUUUUGUGUAUUUUUUUUGUAUUUUUUUAACACUACAGAAGUUAUCUGGUGAGAGCGUUGCAAUGGAACGAUGACGUCAUCUAUUGUACAGUAUUUGUACUUUUUUUUUUUUUUUCACUAUUUCCAAAGACAUCUGACAUUAUGGUGUAAUAAUAAUGUAAAUGCACAUUAGAAAGUAUUGGAGCACAUCAUCAUGUCCUAGUUUCACAUCCAGUGCAUGACAUUUUGUGAGCUCGGCUCUCGCGGGACACUCCUGAGUAAGGAUCAGUCUCUCUCUCUCACACACACACACACACACACACACACACACGCACUUACAUAAGUUACCUUCUUGAGACCUCCAAAAAAUGCGGCAACUACUGUCAAUGUUUACUUUUGUAUGCACAUUAAAUCAGCAAAAAAAAAUAAAAAUUCCUGACUUUGGAGCAAUGUUCAUGGACUCUAGUCUCUGGCUCUCUAUUAGAUGCAAUGGUGUUCCAUAUUGGGACCAUGAUUUAUGUCCUAACUUGUGGACUUAUGGGCGGUACUUUUCCUUGUUGAUGUCUCAAGAAGGGUAGAAAUACAAGAACACACACGCACGCACGCACGCACGCACACACACACACACACACUCUCUUACAAAAGUUACCUUCUUGAGACCUCCAAAAAAUUUGGCAACUACUGUCUAUGUUGACUUUUGUAUGCACAUUAAAUAAGCAAAAUAAUAAUAAUAAUCCUGACUUUGGAACAAUGUUCACAGACUCUAGUAUUUGGCUCUCUAUUAGAUGCAAUGGUUUUUCGUAUUGGAACCAUGAUUUAUCUCAUAACUUGUGGACGGUACUUUUCCUUGUUGACGUCUUAAGACGGGUAGAAAUACAAGAACACACACACACACACACACACACACACACACACACACACACACACACACACACACACACACACACACACACUUGCCCGUCUCUUGGCCCGCAGACAAGGUGGACAGAUGGAUGCGGCCGUCCAAUCCCCGUCAGCCAGGUGUGGGACUACGACAGCCAGCACACGGUCCUCACUCUGCAUUUCAAACAGCCCGAUGAUGAUCUUCUCCACAAGUGUGUCCCAGUCCUCCUUCCUGGGGUCCAGAACUCUCUCCAGAGUUCCCGUACUUCAGCUAGAGUCUCAUCGCCACAGCCAUUCUUUAAAAAAGAAGAUCAGACGGCUGUUGGGACGGCGUUGAACCGGCGUGUGAGUAGGUCCCUGGUGCUCCACUGGGACGUCUCACAGAUCCUGUAGAAAGACAGAGGAGAGAGAGACUGAAUGUAUGCACACUUUGUUGGUUUUCUGACAUGGACUUGUUUCUUCAGCAUUGUCCACACCUUUAAGUCAGGACUUUCCAUUCUAAAAGCUUAAUCCUAGCCUGAUUUAACCAUUCCUUUACCACUUUUGAUGUGUGUUUGAGGUCAUUGUCCUGUUGGAACACCCAACUGCGACCAAGACCCAACCUCUGGGCUGAUGAUUUUAGGAUUUACAAAUCAUUGUAUUCUGUUUAUAUUUACAUCUAACACAAUUUCCCAACUCAUAUGGAAACGGGGUUUGUACAACUUUCCCCGACUCUGCCACAGAAAAAGGGAUUUUUAAACUAAUUUUGUCCAUCAAAUGUUGUAUGCUGUGCGUGAAUGCACAAAGGUGAGCUUUGUUGAUGUUGUUGACAUGUUGGAGUGCUUGUCAGACAUAUUUGGUCACUGCAUGACUGCAAGCUAAUCGAUGCUAACAUGCUAUUUAGCCUAGCUGUAUGUACAUAUUGCAUCAUUAUGUCUAGUUUGUAGCUAUAUUUGAUUUCCUUUACCCCUGUCCUCUGUAUUUAGUUUAGUUUUGCAUGUUUGGUGACACAUUAUCUGUAUGUAAUAUUGGCUGCAUUUCAGAUCGUUGUUUGUGUGCCAUCUUGUUCCAGACCACAGCAAACUUUACCCAGCUUGCAAAGAUUGUAAUAAAUCCAUUCGAAGAAGAUUCCUUUUUUAACUUGGACACACACAUUUAUAACUUUGGUGAUUCUAAAGUGUUAUCUGACCUUCUGAGAAGUUUUACUAACGUUUUCCAAUGUUGUAAAAAUGUGUAGAAUAAAUAUUACAUAUCAACAUUCCUGUCAGCCUGUGACAGUCAUUUUGAUAGUAGGCUAAUAUAGCUAAUGUUAUAUUGUUUUUUACAUCUGUUUAAUAUGUAUUUAUUUUAUUUUUUUGUUUUUAUUCAGGUCAUUGGUGGAGCUCAGUAUAAUAUUUGAAUGUUGUUUUUAAUUAUGUUGUGCAGCACUUUGGAAACAUUUUGUUGUUUAAAUGUGCUAUAUAAAUAAAGUGGAUAGGAUUGGAUUGAAUAUCGACAUUAACAA